ACAAAUAUUUGUCAUACGACUCUCAUCACCCAGUAAGCCAUAAAAGAUCGGUGGCAAAAACUUUGCUUCAAAGAGCUGAAUCGUUGCCGUCAAACAGUGAUUCUCAAGCUAAUGAACGUGAAUAUGUUCUAAAUGUUUUAGGGGGAAACAAUUACCCAAAGCGUUUUCUUAAUGAUUGCUUGAGGCCACGUGUUUGUAGGAACCAAACUAACUCCGAGGGUGAUACCUCCGUUAAGGGUUUUGCAAUAGUUCCAUACAUUCAAGGUGUCACAGAACCAAUCAAGAGAAUCUUAAGUAAUUGUAAUAUUAAGGUUGCCUUAAAACCCUAUUUGACUUUAGGCCAUAUUUUCGCAAAGCCAAAAGAUCCUGUUGAAAAAAAUCAGAAGACUCAUGCUAUAUAUUCUAUACCAUGCGGUGACUGCGACAAAGAGUAUUUGGGUCAGUCUAAACGCCAGUUUGGUACACGGCUAAAAGAACAUCAAAAGGCUGUUUCAACUUUAGACAAGGGAAAAUCAGCUUUAGGCGAACAUGUAUGUUACACCAAACACGAGAUUGCGUGGGAAAACUCUAAAGUAAUUACCACAAACAAUCGCUAUGGUCAAAGACUUUGCCUAGAAGCGUGGCAUAUAAAUAUGAGUCAUCAUGCUUUGAAUAGGGAUGACGGCGCCUAUUUGCCAGAGGAAUACAUGCAUCUUCUUGGCAGGUGACGUCAUCCCUUGGGUAUUUAAGAAGCCACGAUCGCAGUUUUAGAUCACCCCUGAUGAAGACACUAGACUGGAGUGUCGAAACGUUGGGUCUUGAUUACAAUUCGACUGGGCUUUGUAAUCAUUUAUUUAAACCAGAGUAGCGAGCGAAACAUGGUUCCGAAAAAUGUUGACCAGUUCAUUUCCUAUAAACUUCGCUGAGUUCCUCUGAACAAUUCCUCAACAAUCAGAUUGCUCAAAAAUAAAAUAUAAAAUUUGAUUGGUCAAUGAAACAGGAAGUUAGGAACUUUUUAAGGAACUUGAGGAAUUGUUCAGAUGAACUCCUCGAAGUUAGGAAAUGAACUGAUCAACAUUUUUCGGAACGCUUCUAUUGGCACGACUGUAACAGCCAUUGUAUUUGGACUGGAAUGGAACGUGUUUUCCUCCAAAAUAACAGCCAUAUUUUUGUCUUGUAAAUGUCAAGGGAUUGAUUGCAAACCAUGAAUGAACUAAGAUCAUUUGUAAUUAUGUGUUGUUUUUGGCUGAAAAAUUAUUAACAGUUGGAUUAUUUAUAGUGUAAUAAGAUUAAUUAAUAUAAAAUAUUAUUACAUUUUAGGAUAUUACUUCAUUUUAACAUGGCAAUUUUAUAUAUUCUAAAAUUACCGUAAUCGCUCGUAUUGAGCCCUCUUUAAAAAACCCUCCCACUCUUUUAAGCCUUCCUGUUUCGAUAAUUACCCCCUCCCUUAAAGGUGCCGGGGAAAGUAGGCCCCAGGGCGGGGGGUUAUAACAGAGAAUACGGUAAUUUUCUUGUUAUAUAGAUGUUGAGUUUUCCGAUAGGAUGAACUUAUGAGAAAACUCGCUUUGCAAUGCAUAUAAGCAAAUUAGAAAGGCGAAACAUUUUUCUUACCCGUGGGAAAAUGUUUCGUCUAAUCAAAUGAUACAACAAUGACGUAUGAGUAAAUUUGUUUACGGCGGAACUUUCGCGCCUUUUGUUAUGACUUUGUUUAUUUUGCCUGAAGGUGAACAAAAAUUAUAUUUUGUCGCAUGAAAUAAAAAACAUGGAUUGGUUUGGCAAAAAAUAUAAUGUAAGGGACCGGUCAUUAAAGCGGCAGUGUCACACGCUGCGCAUCCGUUCUGCGCAUAACAAACCGAUUUUCGGAAUAUGUCGGAAAAGGUCGGUAUCACAACAUUCCGACUAUAAAAAUGUGCAUAUAUUCACAUUUUCAGCGGCGGAAAAGACCAAAUAAUUGCUUCAUUUCACACAGGUUAACAAUUAUAGUUGUAAAAGUUCAUGUGCCACCAAAAGAAACGAGAACAGUAACCGAGGUUGCCCGCGUAAGGCAAAUAUUAAAGAACGUUGUGUAUUCUGCCAGCUGCAAGUGUGGAGAACUCGCAAAACUCCUCAGUCUCCUUGCAAGAAUAGGGUAUGUGUGCGAAUCAAAUGUACUUGGCGGUAUCUUUUAUUUGUGUUGGCAUAUUAUACCACAUUAUAUUUACUGUUUAUCCUACUUUGUUGUAGGAGAACGUUUGCGAAAGUACCAUGUAGUGCAUGUACUUCGUGGCCUCACACAGCGUGCAACUGUCAACACUGAGAAAACGAUGAUAUUAAUACUGUAAGGUUUGUGAAUUUCUAAUACAUCUUAUUAAAUUGUUUACAACGUUUUUCAAAUGAGGUAUAUUAAACAUGUUUGAAGAUGCGGUACAGUCCGUAUGUAAACAAAGGCUUUGUUUACAUUUCAGUAUCCAAAAUACUGAAUUUUAUUGGACGACUACAGUAUUUAUAUUUUCAUGAUUCUAGAGUAUAAUAAAUUAUCAAGACACAACGAUCAAUCUUUGCAGGAAUAUAAAAUGAAAUAAAAACCUAAAUAAACUGUUUGUAUAAUAAAAAGAGGCCUCCUGUGAGCAGAUGCACAGAUCUGACUGUACUGCAUCUUUAAGUUGAAUAACUUUGGCUGAAACUGUUGAAUGGUGAUACCAGGGGCAAAACUAGCCCCUUUUAAUUGGGUGGUGUCUGCUAGAAUUUCCCUGCGAAAGUCGAUGAUGCCCUGCAGCAAAAAUUUUUUUGGCCGCUAUUUCUCCCAAAAAUGUUGGCGAGCGGGGGAGAGGUAGAAAAAUUUGGGGGGGAGGUCGGUUUCCGGACAUUCAAAAAAAGGGGCGAAAACAUUUUUCAGACAUAAACCAAUUCAAUUAUGCAUCAAAAUAUUUUUUCGGACAAAUUCCUGUUAAAACAUGCAUGAAACCCUUAUUGUUUUACCAAUAUCUGUAAAAUUUAGGUUUAUAAAUUCUAUUUAAUUCCCUCUGGAAGCCACUGAAUAACUCUACAUUAUAUAAUUUAAAUUUUUUCAUUGCCCUGCCAAUCCAGAUGAUUUGCCCUGCCAAUCCAGAUGAUUUGUACUUUUGCCCCCCCUCAAGUUUCAUCCCUGGGUGAUACAGUAUAAAGUCUAAUUGGGAAGUGAUGGCACAGACUGAAAUUUGAAACGGGAAAUAAUAUCGCAAAGGCAGAUUGCCGACCUGUCAGGACAUCAUGUCAUUUUGUAUAAUAGCUAUUUAGUAAAUAAAAAUAACCAACCCCUUAACCUUCUAAUUGAAGCUAAUUGCAAUGCAUAUGGGGCUUGUGUAUGUGAACCAUGUAUCAGGCCAUUUUGUUGUUCUCACCAAAAGCUUUGCUUUGAUACCAAAGCGAGGCUUUGUGAUGGAAACAAUAGCAUGACUUAAACCCAUACAAGACCAAUUAUCUUGCUUUGAUGCUAGAAAUUGGUAAAGCUGUUGGAUAGUCAUUUCAUUAUUUUAUUAUAAAAUACAUUAUUCAAUUCACAGGCAUUUAUUCGUACACUGGAUGAAGACACAGUGAGAAAACUGGCAAUUAGAAGCCUAAGAAGAGGAAUAAGGAGUACGGAUUAUGUUCACACAUGGGCUCGGCAUGGAUAUUUGGGCAAAGGGAAUCGCAGUGUUUGCCCCUCUUGUGUAGUCCUCAAAAUAAGACUUUUGACUGGAGUUUAUAUGUGGUAUAGAGAACAAUAAUAUUCAUGAACCUUUGGUAAACUUUCUAAAGCAAAGGGAAUUUGAUUUUAAUAAUUUAUAUUCUAAUUUAUGUACCUAUGUAUAUAGUAAGUAAUAAAGAUUUUUUAUAUUUUGUACAAAAUUGGAAUGUGUCACUGUUACAUCAGUUAUGGCAAAAAUCAGUAUUUUCGUUUUGGUAUGUCCACACCGUUGCUGGUGUGAUAUAUGUUGCUGGUGUGAUAUAUGUGCAACAGUGGGGAGCAAUGUUGCAUUUAAGGAAACAUGACAGAUGAUAUAACCAUCAUUAUGCAGUCAAUCUGUUGCUCGUUUGAUAACCUUUGAAAUGAGAACUGGAAUGUACUCGAAUCCUUUUUCAACUUUCACACUUUUCACAUCCCACUGCCUGGUCCUUCUGUUGUUGGAAAGGCUCAUGAGUUUGUACAGGUGACUCAACACGAGAAAGGGUCUGUCAUCUGACCUUUAUUUUUAAUGGUGUAGAUGUUUGGGGUUCUGAAAGCAGGAAAUAUGAAAUAUUAUACAGCACUAAUACCUGUGGUCAAUGCUGUAAAUUAUAUAAAUAUAAACCAAUUCUUUUUAUAAUUUUUGACACAAUUUUUCUUUGUCUAUAUACCUUGCAAAAUCGUAUUUUAAAACUGAAUAUUAAUAUUACUCCCAUUACAAAGCACAUCCUAUAUAAAAGUGAAUGUCCUCUUCAUACCUUGGCUGAUGUUUGCUUGUUCUUCAAACCAUAUGAGACUCAUUGUGUUCUACUUCCGUUGUCAAGACAGGACUCAGUUGCCACCAGAAAGGUCCAGAAUCGAUGUGCUUGAAUUUCGUCGUUGUUUUGGUAGUAUUUUUGCAGACGCUGAUUCCCCUAAAUACAAAGCAAAAUAAAUUGCACAUUAGGCUCGUUUACUCUUCGAAAUAUAUUGAAAAUCAUAUUGUAAACCUACCUGCGGCGAAAUUCCAAUGGCAACAGAUGUGCAGCAAAGUUAGUGUCAUUUGAAUGUUCAUAUCCAGCACUUAUUUUGGCCUCUUGCCACGUAUCAAAUGUCUUAUCACUUAAAUAGAUCCUUCUGUGCUCUUUCUCCCAUAAAUUUCUGUAUUCUUUUCGGCUCGAAAACACCUUUUUUCGACCAGCAUUUUUCCUUGAACCCCCGUACUGAGUCAGCAUGACGCCCCGGGAGACGCCAUAUUGAAAUUCGAUACACUUGAAAAAGUUGGGUGAACUUUUUCAAGUUGAUCUAUGCGCAGAACGGAUGCGCAGCGGGUGACACUGCCGCUUUAAUAAUAGGAAGAAGGGGGGGGGGGGUUGGCAGCGGUGGAUAAGAAAUGGGGGGCGGCCUCAACUAUUUUGCCUCAAUUGGGGGCGGCCUCACACUGAAAAAUAUGUGACAGGGGGCAACCCCAAUUUUUUAAUACUGUCCUACUCAUUUUUAAUCUGUCUCGUCCUUAUCGUAUCCCACAAAAUAUUUCAUCAUUUUUAGUUCUUAUAAUUCGUAGUUUCCACUUUCCAUAGUUAUUACAUAUAUGCAGUUCACCAUAGGUGUCGGAGUAAAUAACAACCAUUUUGAAUGCUGGUCCUCUAAUUAUUUAGGCCACACAAUGUCUUACACCAGUAUUUGGCCCAUUAUCUAUUUUACAUAAAAAAAUGUAACAAAUUAAAUGUUGGAGUGGGGCCCCGGGCGUCCUAAGUAUUCUAGAUGAAGGUGGGGGCGUCUUGAAAAUAAAGGUUUUGCGAUCGGGGGCAGCUCUAAAAAAUGUUCAAUAUUUGGUAUUUAUCAACCCCCCCCAUUAUUAAUGACCAGUCCCUAAUUAUAUAUAUAUAUAAAUACAAAUGUAUAAUGAUAUAAUGACGUCAUGUCAUUUACUUGGCAACAAGACGAUACGGUCUGAACUAAUUACAGUCCUGCCAAUAGAAGAGUUCCGAAAAAUGUUGACCAGUUUAUAUUCUAACUUCGAGGAGUUCCUCUGAACAUAGCCUACGAGCAGGCUCUCUGGGUGAAAGAGAGCCUGCAAGGAUCCCUAUGAUAUUUACGUGCAUGCGUCCAAUAUUUGGACGCAGAGCUCUGAUUGGUUGAUAACUAAUUCAAAUGAAGUGAUUGACAAGCUUCCAUAUUAAACUACACUUCCCGUUCGUAAAACCGAGCAACGCAAAGCUUCGGAAUUGCGACAUUGUAGAGAUCAAAGUGUCAUGUAUUUUGCAUCCUUGUUCACUUUUUACAGUAAAAUAAUAUACGGUAUACUAUAUAUAUAUAUAUAUAUAUAUAUAUAUAUAUAUAUAUAUAUAUAUAUAUAUAUAUAUAUAUAUAUAUAUAUAUAUAUAUAUAUAUAUAUAUAUAAAUAUAUAUAUAUAUAUAUAUAUUUAAUAGAUUUGAAGAAAUAAUCCCCGAGCCGGCGGUGCGAAUCGCCGUGCGAGGGUACUAAUUCCCCCCCCCCCGGCUAUUUACACCCGUGGAAACGAAAGCAUUAGCGAAGUCUAAAGUUCAUCAAUCAUCGCGGGCGCUGACCAACGAACGACGAUCUUGAGUGGGUGGUCAUCCUCAUUUAUCUCAAAAAUAUGGCAAGCAAGAUUUCAAUUUUAAAAGACAUAUAUUUGCAAAAACGUUUCAUAUACAACAAGCUUGAAGCAAUUUUGUUUGAAGAAAUGAGAAGAAUUGGUUUACUAUGGGAAAUCGAGAAAUAUACGGCAAGUUUGCUUUGAAUAUUUUUAAAAUGUUUACGAAUUUUGUUGCUUUAACUUUUUACGUAUUAAAUAAAAAACAUGAAGUAUAGAAGCUCUCAGUUUCAUAAAUUACCGUUUAAUUUGAGAAAAAAUCUUAAAAUGUAAAGGCGAAGAAAUUGAUUUGAAAACUGAACUGAAAUUACCUAACAAUUUUAUUUUAUUUGUAUUAAACUUAUCAUGUUUUGUUAAGUAAAAACAGUUUAUCGGCAAAAUGUAGGUUUACUUGAAUGAACAUUUCAAAACAUUUUACGAAGCAUUUCAAGUUAAAUUUUACAUUAAAUCAAAGCUCACAAAAUGCAAAAUAAUAUACCUACAGUAUGUAUUUCGGAAAUUUAUUGUUGUAUAGUUAAAAGUACGAAUCUGUCAACUAUUUUGCAGUUUUGUACAAAAUAUAUGAAAAUAAAAAUUUUAGAAUAUCGUGUUGUCAUGGCAACACUUGAGCGCGAGCCUGCGUUCAGUGCUGGUCAUUUCUGAAUACUUCAUGUUUAAUGUGUGGAAUAUUGGCGAGGGGUUACUGCAUGCAUGUAUUUCUAGUAUACGGUAUAAAUAAUAUACGGUAGACUGUAUAUAUAUAUAUAUAUAUAUAUAUAUAUAUAUAUAUAUAUAUAUAUAUAUAUAUAUAUAUAUAUAUAUAUAUAUAUAUAUAUAUAUAUAUUUCAUAAUUCAUAAUAUAUAUGAAUAUAUAUAUUAUGUAUAUAUAUAUUUAUAUAUAUAUUAUUUUCAUUCAGUAUAUAUUUCAUAAUUUCCAGUCUUAAAUCCGUCUGACCGUGUAGCUCAGUUGCUAGAGCGUCAAUCUAGUAAUUUGAAGGUCGCGGGUUCAAGACCAAACCGCGGCAGACGACAUCUUUCUGCUUGCGCUGGGUAUGGAAAUUAUAUAAUACACAUUCUAGAACAUUUUCAUCUUAAUAUAUAUAUAUAUAUAUAUAUAUAUAUAUAUAUAUAUAUAUAUAUAUAUAUAUAUAUAUAUAUAUAUAUAUAUAUAUAUUAUUAUUAUUAAAAAUUUUAUUUCAAUACGGUGGUUACAUCAAAAUCAUUACAGUUUUGUAAAUAUUGUAAAUUCUAAAUUGAGGUAAAAACCUGUAAGCCGUAUAUUACAAUUUACAAUAUAUUAAUUUAAUUAAUUAAUGAUCAGCGGAAAAAUGGAAAUUUUUUUAAUAGAUCUUUGAACCGCUUUAAUGAACUCUCUUUUUUCAAAACUUCAGGAAGAGAGUUCCACACUUUUGCGCCGGAGUAAACAAAACUUCUCUUGUAAUAUUCAGUUCGAAUUAGUGGAAGUUCAACAUUCUCUGUUGAAGAACGAAGAUCACAAAAAUUAGCACCAGUUUCUGGUCUAAAUAAACCUAAGAAACAUGACGGUGCAUUAUGGUUUAAUAUUUUAUGCAUCAUCACUGCUUUGCAUUUUUGUCUUCGUUCACUCAACUUCUCCCAUCCUAAUUCGUUUAAUAUAUCAGGCUGGACCUUCGCGAAUAGUCGGCUCCAGUUAUAAUACGCGUCAAUAAUUGUCACUGAUGCCAUCCCAAAUAAUACAACAGUAAUCAAAAUAAGGUUCUACAAUAGCUCUAUAUACAUUCAUAAGAUCGUACUUUUUCAAGACUUUUCUAUUUCUACGUAGCAGACUAAUGCCGAUCGCUACUUUUCUAAGGCCGAUUUACACGACCAGUGUUUUGGGCACCCCUAAAAGUGGGCACCCGUACCUCUGCCUUUUGGCGUGUAAACGUGACAAAAUCGGCACCGGUGCCGCAAAAUUUAAACGUGCCGAGACUUUCUCAAGAGGUAGUCUCGGCACGUCUAACAAGCGGUGCCGUGCCCAAAUUUCGAAAAAAUAAAAAAUGUGUUCGACAUUGAGCAUGCGCAAAUUAAAAAAAAAACAAAGUUUGGCACGGUGCCCAUUUUCAGAGGUGCCGUGUCCGAAACGUUUGUCGUGUAAACCGGCCUUUAAUUACAUUAUCUAUGUGCUCAGCCCAUGUGAGAAAUUCGUCUAUAGUCACUCCUAAGCACUUAGUACUCUUAACUUUACGUAGAGAUAUAUCAUUAAGGGAAAGUGUCAGAUCACCCACAAGUGAAUUUAUUCUUUGUUUUGAACCAACAACCAUUUACUGUAUUUAAAGUCAGUUUGUUGGCUGUAAGCCAGGAUUCUAAAUGUUCCAGGUCUUUUUUCAUCUGCUGUUGAAGUUCAGAAAAAACACAUGCUGAGAAUGAUACGUUAGUAUCAUCUGCAUACAUUCGGGCAGUACCAUGAUUAACAGAAGUCGUCAAAUCAUUUAUAUAAAUAAGAAAUAAUAAAGGACCUAGAACUGAACCUUGGGGAACUCCACUUUUGAUCUGCACUUUACCAGAUAAAUAACCAUUAACAUAACAUUGUUGAGUUCUAUCAGUAAAAUAUCAAAAUAUGAUUUAAACCAAUGCAAUGUUUUAUCACAGAUUGCAAGAAAACUUAAUUUGGUUAAUAAUAUAUUAUGAUCAACAGUGUCAAAAGCCUUUUUUAAAUCUAAAAAUAAGACACCGUUGAUCAUACUUCUAUCAAUAUUGUAAUACCACUGCUUAGUUAAAUCCAGUAAUGCAGUUACAUAUCUAUCUAUCUAGAAAUGAACUAUUGUCGAAAUGUAGACACCGGAACAAAUUCCUAUUGAGCAAUAAAUAGAUUAUAAAUAACACUGCGAUAUAACACUUUUGACCUCAAACAUGUACAUAGUAUAUCCUAGGCAACAACAUAGCGCAUUAUUUAAAUUCACCUGAUGAGUGUGGCAAGACUCGUCUUGUCAUACGAAACAAAGUUGUAGUGAAAUAAAGUUCAUAUGAAGUAACUCAAGUUUGUUUUCUAAAGCGAAUAUACCGCUUAAAAUGUUUGUACUGACAAUUAUAAUGACAUUGCGAAACUCAGUCAUUAAUAUAAUUCAUAAAGAAAACACAAAAAUCAUGAUCGUGAAGGAGUUUGUUUAUCUGAUACAGAAUCAUGCUGAUUUACAUAAACUUUAGGUUUAAUUUUCUCAUGCACCAAAUGUCAAUCAUUUAUUUUAAAUUGUUGAAAAAUACGAAUGUUCUCAUCUAGACGUUUCACAAGCUAGCUAUUGAUAAUAUUCGCGUCCGUGCAUGUUCUAUAUCAGACAUACAAUCUCUCGCCUUCUGCUCGAGUUUGUAUAUCUGAUACAACACGGCUUCUCAUGCGUUACCUAUACUACUUGUGAAAAUCUGCAUUUACUAUUCAUAAGGAAUAGACAAAAGAAAUCAUGAGCGUGAAGGAGUUUGUAUAUCUGAUAAGAAUCGUGCUGAUUUUCUCACUAAAUAUCAUUAAUUUAUUUUCAAUUGUUGAAGAAUACGAAUGUUCUCAUCGGUUCGAGUUUGUAUAUCUCAUGCCGGAGUCAUGUUCUAAAUAGUAGUUAAAUGUUGCUUGUGUUCCUCUACAGGUCCAGUGUAUGUGAUCAUUGAGUAUGUUUCUCGUGGAGAUCUUCUUGGUUUCUUACGUAAAACUCGCGGUUUGGUUGACACCACAUACGAUGUUCCAAAUCACAUUCCACAAUCACAUUUAUCUCAAUGUCAGUUGCUAAGGAUGGCGUGUAAUGUUGCUAUGGGAAUGGCUCAUCUUUCACGUAAUCAGGUAUUUUAAUAAUAAUAACAGCAGGAUAACCAGCACUCCAGCAGACGAUUCAUAUCAUGGUAAUGAUUCUAAAUGUAAAUAUUACCGUUUUGUAUCUCGCAAUUUUAAAAUCUUAGUUUAAAAUAUCUUAUUUCAAUGAAAUUUUCCCUUACAUUCAUUCUGCUUUCUGAAGGUAAUUCAUCGUGAUCUGGCCGCAAGAAAUGUUUUGGUUGGAGAAAACUUGGAAUGUAAAAUCACUGACUUUGGCAUGGCUAGAGAUGUUAAGGCGACCAACUAUUAUAGAAAAAGAAGUAGGGUAUGUAUAGAAAUCAUACACUGCUCACAAAAGUCAUGCCCAGAAGUCUUGCUUUCAUCUCUGCGGUCAAUACAGGGCAGAGUGUAUAAAAUGAGUACAUGACACAAUGUGAAAAUAACCACUAAUUAAACUGAACCAUCCAAAAAUUUCAGAUGCCACUUUCAAUGUGGUUUCCAAAACAGUCCUUCUGCAGCCCUAUUUGUUUUAGUGUUUUAGUGUUUUAGUUAUUAAGUCAGAAGGCCAAAUUCACAUGCAGAAAUAUUGCGGAGUUUAAUGGCCAUUAUUUGUCCCCUUUGAAUCUCAAAUACCAUGUGUGUCCAACCAAGUACUUUUUAUUUAAUAUUUUUAUCUUUAGGGGCGAAUUCCACUGAAAUGGACUGCAAUCGAAGCUCUUGUAGAUGACAAAUACACUAUUGAAAGUGAUGUGUAAGUAAAUUGCGGAAGAAAAAACAAUUUCCUUCUAUUCGUUGUUCAAGUAGAUGAGCCCUCUAUGCCUAUUAUGGCUAUAGUACUAGUAUAAAAUAUUUGACAUUCUUACAAACAGACUACCUUUACAUCUUCUAUUUAUAGGUGGAGUUUUGGAAUACUACUGUACGAAAUUGUAACAAUGGGUAGGUCGAGUCAUAUUUUUCAGGCAUCUUACCAUGUUACUGCCAUAUAUUCAUUCUAUGAAAUAUAUGUACUAGUGGCUAUGUCUGAGUUUCAGAAAGUUCUAUCUUUCAAGAAACUUUUGAAAUAUGUUUAACACUGCUUACAGUGAAACUUAUAUUUAGUUCCCUAAGUUCUGACUAUAAGAUUUCCUUUGUUUCAGGAGUGGCUAAAAUGUAUAUUUUACUUUUACAAUCACCUUACCGAGUAAUUUGGAGCAAUUUUAUAACGCCACCCGGGCUUUGGCUUUCAACGAAAGCACGGCCUAAUAGUGCAUAUCUUAAUGUAAAAAACGAUAAAAUAAUUGACGUUAUCUUCAGUGAUUAUUGAUAAAAAGUCAACUGGAUGUGUAACAAGUAUUCUAUUUAGGUGGUAAACCUUAUCCAGGCAUGGGUGCAGGACAGGUGCUUCGAAAAUUGAAAAGUGGUUGGCGGAUGUCGAGACCAGCUCAUGUUGAUACUUCAUUGUAAGACAUUCUGGUUAAUCAUACAGUAGCUUUGCUGUGAAUCUCGCUGCCUUCUACGGAGCUUUUUUUUUAAAAUUUUAUUUUCCCAUGUACAUUACAAUUAUUAAUACAUUAUUACAAAAUAACUAUUUGGGCUAGAGACCUGCUAGAAACCUUUGCAGGCUUUUGUAUCUAGGCCACCAGUCAUGUCCUAUUUAGGUUAUUUUAUUAUUUACAGUAAAUUUUUAAGAUAAUAUUAAAUGCAGAAGAAAAGUUUUAUAAGGUAUAUACAAGAUAUUUACAAAUUUGAGGUAUGAAGGGUAAAUACUGUAGUGUUUACAAUAUUAUGAGAUAAAGAGAUAUCCCAGUUAGAUUUUUAUAUGGUAUUAUUUAGCACAAUGACAAUGCAUGGAAAUUGUCUGCAUGAAGAAAGUGUGAUUUCUGAAUCUAUGUAUUUGUAACUGGAUUUAGUAUAAAGUGUUGCUUAAUUAGUUUCUUGAAGGUAUUAUAGAAACUUAUGUCUUUCAGAUUUGUUUCUAAUUUGUUCCACACAUCUACUCCUUUAUUUGAAAGAAUGUGUUUUACAUAGAGCUGACGCGCUAUGGAGAAUUUUCAGCCGAGGCUGCAUUUCAACCCAGUUAAUCGAGACGAAAUUAUUUCACGAUUACAUGGCAAGUUUCAGCCCGGGCUGAGUUAAAAUCUCAGCUGACAAACCGGGGUGAAAUUCCAGCUAAAGAGUAUAUAAAUGUUGUUUAUGCGAGACUGUGGUUGCAUUAAAAAUAGAACAGACAGGAAUAAAGCCACUUAUAAUUGCUUGUCUUCUUCAACCAGGGCUGAAAUUUCCAGUCCAUUACAUGACGAUUUUCAGCCUGAUCAACCGGGUUGAAAUUUCAACCUUGAAAUUUUUGUCAUGUAAUCGCUUGCAGUGUUUUAAUACGAUUUUAUCCUUAGGGUCUCUUUACAUGAUCCCUGUUUGAAACUCAUCCCGGGCUGAAAACUAUCCAAAUAAAUUUGUAGAAACUGCAAUGGUUAUAAUGGUGCAGAAUUAUAUAGAUUUGUUUCACUCGAUCUGUUAAGGAAGCAGUGUAUUUCUAUUUCUUUAGAUAUGAAAUCAUGUUGAAAUGUUGGUGCAGUAGCCCGGAUGAUCGACCGUCUUUCUCCAUCCUUGCAAAAACGUUUACCGAUUUUAUCAUUGCUAAGAGUGUAAGUAUACUAUAUAUGUGAUAAUUAUAUAUGUCCCUAAGUCUUCUGCACAUUUUUAUGUAAUACAUUUAUAAUAUACAUUUUGCUCAAUUUUGAAGUUGGAUAUUUUCAUGAUAUUUAAAUGCAUAGCCUACUACAGUCCAUCUGUUGAACGAUUCAUAUUAGCACCUGUAUAUAGAUUCCAGGCUUUCUGGCAUUCUUGUCUUAAGCAAGAUAAGAGUAGGACUAGAAUUUAGGAAAAGUAGAAAUAGUUAGCCUAUACUUGUCACAUUAUGCAGACUAUGUCGUAGUCUAGAAUACAGUAGGAAAAUAUAAAAAGGUAGGGCAAAAGUAGGAAUUUUUGGAGAUGCCUAUAACAUAAAAAUACUAGAGGGCACUCAGAGACUGCAUACCUCCGCCCGUAUUGAAUUUCGGUUGUGUGAAAUGCAACUAAGACAAUAGAUAAUGAAGGCUGAAGCUUAAUUUAAUAAUGAGGUUUAUCAUCUCAUUAUUGUCUUAGGGACCGAUCAUAAAGUAAAAGGGGCUGGGAAAAUCACAUAUUUGGUGUCUGCACUUUUGGUAGCCCACCCCUUAAUAGCUGCACGAAAAUUUGUAGCCCACCCUUAAAUUGGUGCUGAAAAAUUAUGACCCACCCCUUUUCCAAUUUUUGUCCGGAAAAGAAUUUUUUCGGACAAUAACCUCCCCCCCGUCGACAACUUUUUUAGGUAAAAAAAUUUUCCGGACAA